AUGGCGGACGCUGAAACGAAUGGGAUAGGCCUGCCGGCACCCACGGCCGUGGCCACUGUUGCAGACCAUGGAAGGAUCAUCGAGAACUACGACUCUCAAGAACUUGCAGACAUGGACGACGACUCUGAAAAGAUUGUCGAGAACUACGACUCCCAAGAACUUGCAGACAUGGACGAUGACUCUGAAAAGAUUGUCGAGAACUACGACUCCCAAGAACUUGCAGACAUGGACGACGACGUUGAAAAAGAUAAAACAUUCCUGCCGGCACCCCCACCUAUGGCCGUUGUGGCAGACCGCGAAAAAGCCGUCGAGAACUACGACUCUCAAGAAUUGGCAAACAUGACCGACGGCCCUCAAAGGUCUGCCAGAGACAAACACAAAUCUAUCGAUAUGAAGGACCUGGAGGCUCAGUUCGCUCAUUACGCGCCCCGACGAAAGCGAUUUGCGCAUUUCAGAUAUGUGAUGUUUACCGUUUAUCGGCGGCUUUUUACUGUCGUAUUUUGUGCAAAUCUCGCCUGUUUCCUCUAUGUGAUGAUUGCAGACCGAAAGCAGCUGGCGCUUGUGAAUGCGACAGCUGUGAACUUGGUGGCAUGUGGUCUCGCUCGACACCCAAUGAUGGUCAAUGGUAUCUAUAGAGUAGUGUGCUCGAUUCCUAGGAGCGCACCGUUGUCUUUGCGCCGCAGGGUUGCCAAGGCAGCUCACUACGGCGGUGUUCAUAGCGGAUGUGGAACUGCAUCUCUUGUGUGGUAUAUUGGCUUUGUUGCCCUGGUGUCGCAAACCUAUUGGACAAAUUCCGCCAUCAGCGACAAGACGAAUCUCAAAUUCUCACCUGCUCCAGUUUCUGUCGCCUACGUUAUCCUUGUGCUGCUCUUUGUGAUGGUGGUCGUCGCAUACCCGACAUUCCGCCGAAAGAUGCACGAUUGGUUCGAGCUCACCCACCGAUUCACCUCCUGGCUGAUCCUGGCCCUCUUUGUGGUCCUGGUCAUGGUCUUCGCCCAUGAAGUCAGCAGAGCCGAGCAGCAAACUCUCGGUCACUUCCUCGUCACGCUUCCCGCAUUCUGGCUGUUGAUUGCUGCCAUCGUUGCUGUGGCCCAUCCCUGGCUACUGUUGCGGAGGGUCCCGGUCAAGGCUGAGCCUCUUUCAUCGCACGCUGUACGGUUGUCUUUUGAUUUCACGCCAAUCAGCUUCGCGAAGGGUGUGCAGGUUUCGAAGCAUCCCCUACGCGACUGGCACAGUUUUGCCGGCUUCCCAGACCCCAUUCCAGCCGACGUAAAGCCGGUUGCUAGGGGUGCGGGGAAGAAGCCAUUUGUCAAGGGCCACGGACACAAACGAAGCUGGUCUAUCGUUGUGUCGAAGGCAGGUGAUUGGACGGCUGAUACCAUCCGCGAACCUCCAACCCACCUCUGGAAGCGCGGGUCGCUCAUGCGGGGCGUUGGAUAUGGUCUACGUGUGUUCGAUCGCAUUAUCAUUGUGACCACAGGAUCUGGAAUUGGACCCUGUCUUGGAUUUCUAGGCGACCCCAAGCGACCGCUGAUUAAGGUUAUUUGGCAGACACGUACGCCAGUCGCAACCUAUGGGCAGGAUGUCAUUGAUCUUGUCCACCAAAUGGGUCCCAAUCCGAUUAUCCUCGAUACCAACCUUCUGGGUCGUGUUGACAUGAUUCCCAUUGUACGACAGCAAGUAGAGGAUUUCCAAGCGGAGGCUGUGUUUGUGAUCAGCAACCCUGCAAUGACCCAAAAGAUCGUGUACGAAUUCGAAUCCCAAGGGAUCCCAGCCUAUGGGCCGAUUUUCGAUUCAUGA